AGGUGUGUUUUUAUCCAAAAAUCACACCCAUAAAUUCAAAAUGGCGGCUUUUAGGCUACCACAGAAAUGUCUCCCAUUUCUUUUCACUAGGUCUCAAGGUCCUUUGCUCCAGGCUCGCUCUCUCAAUCUACACGAGUACCAGAGCAAAGACCUCAUGUUGAACUACGGUGUUACGAUUCAAAAAUUCCAAACAGCAGACACUCCUGAAAGGGCUGGGGCUGCCGCUAAGGAACUAGGUGUGCCCGAAGUUGUAUUGAAAGCUCAGAUACUAGCGGGAGGGCGGGGCAAGGGGCGGUUUUCCAGUGGACUUGUGGGCGGAGUCAAAGUAACGAGAGACCUUGAGUCAAUAGAAGGUCUGGCAAGGGACAUGAUUAACCACAGACUCGUCACUAAACAAACUAACAGCAAUGGCGUGGAGGUCAAGAAAGUGAUGGUAGCUGAAGCACUGGACAUAGCAAGAGAGACCUACCUGGCCAUACUAAUGGAUCCAGCAACUCAGGGACCAGUUCUUGUGGGGAGUCCUGAUGGGGGGGUGGAUAUUGAAGAAAUUGCUGAGAAGAAUCCUGAAAGAAUAUUUAAAAUUCCUGUUGAUAUUAUGAAAGGUAUUACAAUGGAUCAAGCUCUUUUAAUGGCAAAGAAUCUUGAGUUUAAGGACGGGCUCAGAGACACAGCUGCUACUCAAAUAAUGAAACUCUAUGACCUGUUCUGUGGUGUGGAUGCUACUCAAGUUGAGAUUAAUCCUUUUGGAGAAACCCCAGAUGGACGAGUCGUCUGUUUUGAUGCUAAAGUCAAUUUUGACGACACCGCUAAGUAUCGGCAGAAAGAAAUAUUUUCCCGCGAGGACACAAGUGAAAAGGAUGAGAGAGAAGUAGAGGCCACUCUACACAACCUCAACUACAUUGGAAUGAAUGGGAACAUUGGCUGCUUAGUUAAUGGAGCUGGGUUGGCUAUGGCCACCAUGGACAUUAUAAAGCUUCAUAAAGGGGAACCAGCAAACUUCCUUGACGUGGGAGGGGCAGUCAAUGAAUCUCAAGUACUUUCGGCUUUUAAAUUAUUGACAGCUGAUCCUCAGGUGAGAGCAAUACUAGUCAAUGUGUUUGGUGGUAUAGUGAGUUGUGCCACAAUAGCUAGUGGUAUAAUUGCUGCAUGUAAAGAAAUGGAACUACAUAUACCUCUCAUUGUGAGGCUGGAAGGUUCUAAUGUAGAUAAAGCUCGUUCAUUACUCGAAGACAGUGAUCUGCCAAUUAUUCCUGCUAAAGAUUUGAGCGACGCUGCAGCAAAAGCCGUAGCAAGUUUAACUUAAAAA